ACGGUCUGUUUUGUUUAUUUAUAAAUACGGUAGUAAAAUAAUUCGGAUCUUGAGAUCUAUAUUGUUCAAUAAUUUGUUUAUGUAUUUUAUUGGACUCGAAAACCUGUUAGUGUAUCAGGUCAAGAAUGCAAGUUCAGUAAGUUUUAGUAUUAAACGUUCCGAUUACAUUCAGUGGUCAUGGCUGGAGUGAUUCCGUCGGGUGAACACCAAGAAGAAAUUCCCAGGCGCCUUCUCGAUCAGCUGUUGCAUGUGGAGAAAAUCGUUCUCAGCCGAAACAGUUCAGUGCUUGCCGUGAUUACCGUCGACCGGCAGUUGCUGGAAGUGAAACAGCGUUCGAUCAUUACCUCGCUUACUUUGAGUGCUUGUGAUGGGGACAAAAUCAGGGAUCAAACAAAACCGAGCAUUUUCGGUACACUCUCGCCAAAACCGGAUGACGAAGAGCACGAUAAAAAGAUAGUGUUGUCGGUGUUUCGAUCGAACGAUGGUGUGGAUCGAAGGCUGUUCUACCUGCUGGAGAUUGAUAGAAAAUUGAUUGUUGUGGAGAGAAAGGAAAAGCCUUGUGUGAGAUUAGUGCUUUGUGAAACUUUUGAAGGGUUCGUUAAAUUUAUGAUAACGGAACGGAAUGACCGAACGGGGAUUCCAGUUGUGCUGGUUUAUCUUGAACAACAAUCCGAACCGAUUGUAACGGACUUCCAGUCCUAUCGGCAGGACCCCAGCGUCAAUAGUGUGAACAAUUUUACUUGUUUUCGUGAUAUUUUGACAUCGUUACAAGAACGAGUGAAUCAACGAAAGGCGGAGUUGGCCACAGUUCGAACUGUGACCGGGGAGUUGUUCGAACAGCUGAAUGAAAAACUCAAACAGGUGCCGAGUUUGCUGAGAACGGAGAAUCCUGAUGAAAGGCGACCACUUGUGAAGUACGGAGAUGUGUGGACUAAGGUUCAUAAUGAUCUACUGGUCAUUGGUGUUCCGGUUUUUAAUUGCACUUAUAAAAGACGUCUCACUCUUACAAAUUUGAAGUUAUUCAUCAAUGACAUUGCUCAGAAAAGAAAGUUUGAAUACUCUUGGAAAUACUACCAAUUGAGUGAUGACGAUUACAACUUCAAGAGCUUGGAACAAAUUUUGGAAGCCGAUGACAUCACCUCUGAUUUCCCAUGCUUUCAACAGGAAUGGGAGCAGCCAAAGGUGAAUGCCUUGCAUUCAGAGCAAACAGCACUUCUGGUGGCCACUAUUAGGAUCUCAAACCUCGAUCCAAUGGAACUUUCGACUGUUUUAGAAUGUUUUGUAACCUACGACGUUGCCACGACUGGACAGGAUUCAUGUCCCCGUCUUCAGCUAUUUGUCGGUCUCGUUGAAGUAAAGCGAACCGAUCUUUACAGCACCAAUCUGGAGGUCGGUUUUAAUGGACGAGACACAUUCAAGGAUUUGCUUACAGUAACAGCCACUUCAGAGUUCCUCAUGAUUGAGUUGGAGUUCCCGAAGGUACCCGAUUGCAGCUUCGAUCGAUUUUGCAUCGAGUCACUGAAGUUCAGAUUAGUGAGUACGAAUGAACUCAAUCAGGAACUUCCCAAUAUCCUCUAUUAUGAUGAUAACGGAUAUUGGCGCUCGAUGCUGAUAAGAUUGGAUGCCCUAAAGUUGUUGCGACAAAGAAUAAAAAUCUAUUGCAGACAUUCUCAUCAAAUACUAGCACUCUUACAUUCGAUUUACUCCGAUUACGAGGAAAAGUGCUCAAUUAAAUUAACUGAUGAUCAAUCAGCAUCUGCAAUGGAAUUAAAGGAAAGUCUUCUGAACGAAUUAACUGCCAAAAUCGAGAAUCCUUCGGAUGUUCGAAGUAUUCUGCUACAUGAACUGAAAACCGAUUCUAUUUAUUCAAAAUCAACAAUUUGAGUCACA